AUGCUCUUGCUUGGAAGUGAAGACAGCAUUCACGAGGAGUUAAAUCGCAGUGCGAGGCAGGUGAUCUUUCGAUUUGAGGAUAUGAUUCCUGCUCCAGCUAUGCCUGGUGCAUUUCGACUUCCGAGACCACUUCUGCCCGAAUCUGCCAUGAAGCUUGUCAGGUGUUUUUAUGAGGGAAAGCGAGAUGAUAUAUUCCAGUGGGCAAAGGGAAAAGGGCUUCUUCUUGACAAACUAACCAAACAUGGUCCUCAGAUCAUCCGGCUAAGACGCUGCGAGAUCUCUGUGGAUAGAAAUGAAGUCUCAUUCUCAAUUGUUUUGCCAAAUCCUCUUAAGGCUCAAACGACUGCUACUCAGACCGAGAGGGUUGCAGUCAGUAUUACAUCUUCAAUGAGUACCAACAUUCCAGCUCAUUCCCGGCGCAAUUUGGAAGUCGGUGAUGUCAUUGUUCUUGAAGAGUUAGAAAGACUUUUCGUUCCAGAUGGAGAUGACGCAGCAGGAGAGGUUCAAGAGUUAUUUUUGGUGUCGACAGUGCAUGUCGCAAACUUCAUGCCACAGGGGAGAGGAGGGUGGAACCAAGCCCUCAAUGUAGAGGAAGACAGUUAA